GAAGAUGAAGCUUCAUCAAACAACGCUAAUCCAAUGCACGUGGGUCUCUGACGGCGUGAAACGGAUCUUUGCUUUGGUUUUUCGAGCUCGGAAGGGUUAGUCUGUAUCGGGUGGUGCUAAAAGACACAGUGGAUAUUAUGCGUGAUCUACCGAAGCUCCGAUUGCCGGAUGAUGUCGAGUCUGGAGGUGCGUUGCUUACGACUGACAAUCGCGUCCAACGGUCGGCAGGUUCUGAUAAGUACAGCCCAUCGGUCUUAACUCCAGAUUUGAGUAGUUCUCCUCGUUCACCAUUUCGGUUCGAUUCGAUACGAUCAUCAGGAAGAAGACCUGGUUCACCGUUUUAUCGACCCGGUUACAAGAAACUGCGGAAGCGAGCAGUUUUCAAGAAUGGAUACUGUAAUGUGAGUGCCACGAAGGCUCCCCAUCAACGGCUACGCUUUCUGCAGGACAUCUUCACCACCCUGGUUGAUGCACAGUGGCGUUGGACAUUGCUCGUGUUUGCGCUUGGAUUCGUUGGAUCGUGGAUCACAUUUGCCGGCCUGUAUUGGUUAAUUUCCUACACUCACGGAGACUUGGAGGAGCUCCAUUUGCCACCGUUUCAAGAGGACAACGGCUGGAAACCGUGCAUUACGAACAUUUACUCCUUCACAUCCUGCUUCCUGUUUUCGCUCGAAACACAACACACCAUCGGAUACGGAUCGCGUGCAAUGGAAGAGGAAUGUCCGGAAGCGGUUUUCGUUAUGACGCUUCAGUCCGUGCACGGUGUGCUGGUGCAAGCGUUUCUAGCCGGAAUCGUUUUUGCCAAAAUGACACGCUCCAAGCGACGCGCUCAGACGCUUCUGUUCUCGAAAAAUGCCGUCAUCUCACUAAGGGACGGUGAGCUGUGUCUAAUGUUUCGGAUUGGUGAUAUGCGCAAGAGUCACAUUAUCGGUGCCAACGUCCGUGCUCAGCUGAUCCGUCCGAAGGUGACGAACGAGCGGGAAGUGCUGCCACAGUACCGUACCGAGCUGGAGCUAAGCUCGGACGAUUGCUCUUCGGAUGUGUUUUUCCUGUGGCCUCAGAUCGUAGUGCACCGGAUCGAUGAAAGGUCGCCGCUGUACGGAUACUCGGCGGAAGAUGUCUUGCUUGAGCGAUUUGAAAUUGUGGUGGUGCUCGAGGGAACUGUGGAAUCGACCGGACAAACAACGCAAGCGAGGACGAGCUACGUCAAUACGGAAAUUCUUUGGGGUCAACGGUUCGAGCAGGUGUUGGUGUACAAUUCCGAUAUCGAGGGGUACGAAAUCGAUUUUUCCAAGUUCAACGAGACGGUUGUGCAGGACACGCCACGCUGUUCGGCUAAACAGCUGAAAGAGUGCUUCAAGCUACCACUGAGAGGACGAUCCUGUGAUCCUUUGGUAGGCCCGGAGCUGCGACUGUCCCACGUGGAGCUGGAAAGCGAGCGAGCCAAUCCACAUUUUCUGUUUCCCGUGUUCGAUCGUCGACGGUCUCGUUCGUCCACCGAGCUGUAAACGAUCGAUUGCAUGAGCCAAUAAACGGUUAUCCACGAGUAUAAAA